CCCGCGGCCGACGAACUUCGUAAAGCGACAAACUUCUAACCCGACAAUCGAGGACCACCCCGCCCGGCAACCACUUCAAGAUGGUCCGCUACGCUGCUCAGGAGAUUUCGCCCGCUAAGAGCGCCCGCGCCCGGGGCUCUUACCUGCGUGUCAGCUUCAAGAACACCCGCGAGACCGCCCAGGCCAUCAACGGCAUGAAGCUGCAGCGCGCCCUUGCCUUCCUCGACAACGUCUCCAACAAGCUCGAGGCUGUCCCCUUCCGCCGGUUUGCUGGCAGCACCGGUCGCUGUGCCCAGGGCAAGCAGUUCGGUGUUAGCAAGGCCCGCUGGCCCGAGAAGUCCGCCAAGUUCCUCGUCGACCUCCUGAAGAACGCCGAGGCCAACGCCGACACCAAGGGUCUCGACACCGGCAACCUGGUCGUCAAGCGCAUCCAGGUCAACCAGGCCCCCAAGGGCCGCAGACGCACCUACCGUGCCCACGGUCGUAUCAACCCCUACAUGACCAACCCUUGCCACAUCGAGCUCAUCCUCACCGAGGCCGAGGAGGUCGUCAAGAAGGGCCCCGUCGUUGCCAAGGACCACCUCAGCUCCCGGCAGCGUGGCGCCAACGUCCGCCAGGCCCUUACCCAGGCAUAAGCGGAUGUAGGUGGUGUCGAGAGACGGAAAGGAGGGAACGGUAGUCGGAAAAUGAAUGGGAACCAGCCGGAGUUUUCAGUUUGAAUCUUUAUUUUUGUUUCUUCUUGGAAAAAUUCCCGUCCGGAUCCGCCAACUGCUCCAUGGUGGUCGGUGCGUCCCCGUGGAAUACAUGCUCCUAGCCUACUUCUACGGGAUGGAUGGCUG